AUUCCCUUUUGUGUUUCGUUACUUCCAUUCUCCUCGACUGUGAUCUGUUUAAGUUUUUUUUCGAAGUGUUGAUAUUCAUUAUCACAUUGCACUGAAAAUACAUCAACGCCACAAUCAUCUACUUCAUAACCCCACCAAGAAACGAUACAAACCAUCUCCUCUCAUCCUGAUCCUCAUACCCAUCCUCGAAAAUCAAAUGAAAGACAAUACCUGCGUUUUCGUCCCAGAUACCACAACACACCAACAUACCACCCACCCACUCCCCCACACCGCGCAGCGACACCACACCCACCCCCCCUUCCCAUCACCGUACCCAACAACCCCAGACACGCCGACGCGUCUAUUCAACUCACUCAUCCACCCCAUCACAUUGACUCUACACCUCCCACAUCCCACCUCAUCAUACCUCCUCCCCCACGACUCCCGAAAUCACACCGAUCGUCGAGCUUGUUUCAUCCCAUCCCAUCCCUUACCUCACCAUUUCAUCCACUCACCACUAACCGGUACCUCCUCAGACACAAAAAACCUACGACAAAGACAACAGUGAGGACGGAGGGGUCCCGGGACGCAGCGGUGUUAUCACCGUGUCAUGAAUCUCGCGUGAGUACGAGGGUGGUGUCUACUGCUUCGUACUUAACCUGCUGAGAGAGGCAAGAGACAGGGGGGGUUGCAAUUGAGGG